AAACCAGAUAUGUAUAUUCAGGAUAAGGAGAUGAUAAGAUUUAUUACUGCAUUGCCCGCCUACGAGAGAAUAAGGGAAAAUAUGGGGAUUUUGCGGGAGAAAGUAAGGGUUCUGAACGAGGUUGCAAACAAUCUUGAAAAAGCAGGAGUUUACUCUCUCCAGCAAUGGGAUGAAUUCACAGACAAGGAGAGUAUUCUUUUAAUGGCAAGGGGGAUUCUGAAUGCAGCUCUUAAUAUUGCAAAGGAAAAGGGGUUUGUUUCUCAGGAUGCUACAUCUGUGGUAAUGGAAGGUGUAUAUGAAUCUGUGUAUAAUGCGACAUGGCACUAUGUGCAGGGUGUUGGUGGUAGGGGAUUCGGUAUGCAAGUGAAAGAGGGCCAUCCACCGCAACUGUGGACAGAUGAUGAGGUGAUGAAGGGUUCUGCAGAGGAUGAUAAUGAUUAUGAGAAACCCGAGGAUGGACGUCUGGAGUUGAUGGUGUUCACCUCUGAGAAAGGAUGGUCAUACACAGAGUUCAGUAUGAAUAAGAGCUGCGAUAUUUAUGUUAACAAGGAGGUGAUGCGUGUAUGGUAUAAAAUUCUAGAGAAUCUGGAUAAGUAUUUUGGCAAUAAUGUGGAUGCUAUUAAGGAACUCACUCCAUAUGUGUUAAUUGGAACACCUGGAAUUGGCAAGUCCUUUGCAGCUGGUUCAUUCCUCCUCUAUCAACUGUUGCAUUACAAUGCAAAAAAACUCCCAGUGGUUGCGUGCUUCAUUAGAGGUGGGGCCUAUCUGUUUGAAAAGAAGAAUGAUGGUGGAAAGGUUACUUGGUACGAAGGAGAAGAAAAGGCAGUAAGUGUUGUAGGGAAUUUCUUUAAACGAGGUGAAGAAAAUAAAGAAAAAAGAGGAUACAUAAUCUAUGAUGUGGAUGAGAAAAGUAGAGGACCACCGACCCGACUGCCUCCUUCAGGAUGGGGCAUGAUUGUGAUAUCAUCCCCAAAUGAGGAACAGUAUAAAGGAUGGAGGAAGCAAAAAGGGGCUUAUCGAAUCGUCAUGAAUUGUCCAACUGUGCGUGAAAUCAAGGCCAUAUGUGCAUGGGAAAAGCGCAACCAAUCCAAAGAACUUAAAAACCAUUGGAAGGAAAUAAAGGAACGUAUUAAUAAUAUUGGGCCACUUCCACGUCAUAUUUUUGAUGAUGGUAUGUAUCGUGAUCGGUGCAAUGAAGUGAAAGAUACGUUGGAUCUCAUUAACGAAUCCAAUAUUACAGAGUACAAAAAUAUCCUCAGAGGUAUUGGUGAAUGGAAAGAUAAGAGUCCAUCCCAUAAACUAGUAAAAAUAUACCGUGUUGUCAUUAAUUGUCGCGAUGUCCCAAGGAAUAAGCCGAUUACCGUUGCUUUGGGCGAUCAGAUAGUUGCUAGAGUGAUUGUGUUUUUGAAGUCCCCUGUUCUGAAUAUGGUUUUCACCGACAAGGGUGUGAUCAUUGCCGAAGGUUUUCAACGGUAUGGUGUUAAUGCUUUUACAGAUAAAAAUUUUGUGACUGCACUUAGUGAAGUACUGCAAAUAAUUCAACCACCUAAAGGUCGAGUGAGUCAGCAGAGUGUUCUACAACGGAGAGAUUUGAUUACGUUUGCUAGUGAUGGGUAUCUCUCCUUUCCCACCAGUAUAAAAGAUGAGAAGAGGAGGAUAGAGUACAAUAUGCUUUACCAUCCUUCUAUAUCUAAUUUCCCUCUGGUGGAUGCUUUCUACUUUGUGAAAUCCCCAGAGGGAACGGUUACACUGAUUGGUAUACAAGCGACAACUGCCACAAUACAUGAAACCACAGUUACUGCAGUAAUUGAAUUCAAUAAAUAUCUUAAAAAUUGUUUUUCUGAUUGGACUGAUGUUUCCAAGGAAGUAUCGUGGGAGAUCAUUUACAUACAACCCUAUGGCACUGAUGAGAGGAGACAAAUAAAAAAAUGGCAGGGAUGUACUUUGAAUGAAUCAGGAAACUAUAAUCUCGAGGAACGGGAGGUUACUGCCAAAAUCUGGAAUGAAAAGGUAAAUCAGUAUCAGGUGGACAUGUCGCCAACAAUGAUUGUAUGGCUUAUUGAGGCUUUAAUGGCGAUGUAUUAA